AUGCUGAUGAAGUCGCCUGGUCGACCACAGGCCGUCCCCAUCCUUUGCAAAGUUUACGAAAAGGUGAAUAUCGAGAACACGUACAGUGAUCAUUUGGUAUCGCGCUCAAACUGGAUCCCCGUGAGGGAUGCCAUGGUGGCAUUCACCGUGACGCGGGGCGGCGAGUAUUUGAUCGUUGCAGAGUUGCCUUCCGGCACCAGCCGUGUGGAGAGGAUGAUCUUCAGGUGUUAUGCCUCACAGCCGCACGUCAUGGUCGCCGCCCAUAAGAUGUCCAGGAAGCACAGGCUUGUUGAAUCGAGAGCUUUGCCUGGUGCAUCGCGACUUUCCCUGGUUGGUUUGAUGCAGCCCGAUGGUUUAGACAAAGAUCAGCCGGUGCAGAUCGAUUGGGAAUACGACGCCAUGCGAAAGCCGGAAUUUGACCUUGAAACUGGAUGGAGUGCUCUAGUGAAGGAGGUGAACCAAGAUUGUGCUGUCAUGUGA